AUGUCAUCUGGUAUUCCAAAUGAGAUGAAAGCUCUAAGACUCCACAAAGCACCUUCGAAAUACUAUGAGCUUGACGAUGUACCUGUACCUAAAGCAGAAGGAUCCAAAGUUCUGUUGAAGAUUGGCUCGGCCGGAUUAUGUCAUACUGAUUUAAUGGUAUUGGAAGGCUCUUUCGGUGGAAAUUUCCCUAUUGUAGGGUCCCACGAACCUGCCGGAACAGUAAUGGCUUUAGGUGAAGAAGCUGGAAAGUUGGGUAAAGUGAAAGUGGGCGAUAGAGUAGCUGCUUUACUUCCAAAAGAUGUCUGUGGUAAAUGUUCAGAUUGUACAAUAGGUGAUUGGAAGUACUGCGGCAAUUCAAAGUAUGGAGGCAUCAAUACGGAUGGAUAUUUCUCAGAAUAUGCUUUAGUAGAAGCGAAACAUUGUGUGGUGAUUCCAGAUAAAAUGACUUUUGAACAGGCCGCACCACUCACCUGUGCCGGAGUGACAAUCUACACAGCGAUCAAGAAAGCUAAUUUGAAUCCGGGAGAUAUCUUGGCUAUAAGUGGAUUAGGUGCUUUGGGCAGUCUAGGUGUACAAAUGGCUAAAGCCAUGGGCCUCAAAGUGGUUGGAAUUGACGCUAGACCUGAGCCUUUGGCUUUGGCUAAAUCACUCAAACUUGCACCUGAUUUGAUCAUCGAUGCCAGUGGUACUUCACCUGAAGAAGCAAUGGAAGACAUCGUCAAGCUCAGACCUGAGGGAUAUAAAGGAUGGGAUGGAGCUGACGUCACAAUCUUGACUGCCGAUCCAAUAUCUUCCCAGUCAUUCGGUACCUCAAUAACACGUAGACAUGGUCACAUAAUCUUGGUUGCACAACCACCAGAACUUAAAUUCGAUUUCAAGAAUUUCAUUUUCCAAGAUUUGACUCUAUCAGGAUCUUUACAUGGUAAUGAAGUUGAUCUGAAAGAGACUAUUGACUUGGUCGAUAAACACGAUAUCAGAAGCGAUUUACAAGUAUUUAAGAUUGAUGCCCAUCAGAAAAUGAUUGAUGCGACUCACGAACAAGGGAGAAAAGGAAAAAUCGUUCUCACAUUCUCGACCUUCGAGAAUGAAACCACAGUUUAA